AUGACGCGCGAGCGAUUCACCAUCAACCCGUUCCCAGCGCUGGCGCUCUCGCACGAAGAGAAGGCCCAGCUCCUCCAGCUCGGGCGCACGCUCAUCCAAGCCAACUUCGAGCGCGACAUCCCCUUCUUCAAGAGCGGCCGCAAGGUCGACUUCAAGCGCUGGAAGCUGGCCCGAGAGCGCGAGAACAUGAACGUCUACACGGAGCGGCCGGAGUACAGCGGCGCCGACGCGCUAUCAGAUCCGAACUCGUCCAAGCUGCCGGCCAUCCUCUCAGUCGGACGAGUCCCUGGUCAUCUAGACGACAUGAUGUUUGGCGUCGUUAACCCCACGCUGGAAGAGAUGCGCAUCAAGGCCUCGUAUGUUCACGACUUCAGCGGAGCGGCUGUGCUGUCGACCAUCAUUGAGCCCACGGCCGAGGACCCGUUCACGUCGGUCGUCGUCAAAUGGAUGGAGCUCGACAUCCCGCUGCGCAUGACCACCAUCGUGCAAAAUCGCGACUACGUCUACCUCGAGUGCACGGGCUUCGUGUACCUGCCCAACGGCGAGCGCGCCGGCUACCACUUCCUUCACUCGGUGGACUUCCCUCAGAUCAACCACCUCUCCGACCGCGUCCGCGGUGACUUGUCCAUCUGCGGCUUCUUCCGGCAGCUCGCGCCAAACGUCAUCGACGUCUGCAAGACGGGGCUCAUGGACCCCGCAGGCGAUAUGAUCCGCUUCCUGGCGGUGCCCGUCAUGACCGAGGCCUUCAUGUCGCCGCUGCGGUAUGUGUACUGCGGUCAGAUGAGGAAGUUGACGUGGAAGAUGGAGAAGAGUCACGCCGAGGUCAGGCUGCACGGCGCUCCGAGCCCGGGUGCCGCGUGCGCGACGUGCCUCAAGACCCCGUCGGGCUGGAGCUUCGGCAAGGACAAAAACAUCUGCAAGUGCUGCUUCCGCGUCGUAUGCAGCGGCUGCCGCAUCAAGAAGAAGAUCAGCCUCGUGACGGCGGACCUCGAGCUGUCGCAGCGGAAGAUCACGUUCUGUGCCGGGUGCCUCGCCACCGUGUCGUCCUCCAGCGCCGUGGAGGUCGCGUGCGCGCAGAUCAUGGAGAACAACCAGAAGAGCAGAUACGUGGUCGGGUCCAUCGGCAUUAACAGCACGUGCAGCUUCUCGACUUCCUCGAGCUCGGAAGCAAUGUCGAUCCACUCCUCAUUUACGAAUCCGACCCCCAAGCAGCGCACCGCACGCCCGACGCAUUCACGAACCGCGACGACCAUGCUCGCGCCGCCCAUGCCCGUGUUCGUCCAGGCGCCCAAGAAGCAGGACUUCGUGCGGACGCCGUGCACUUGCGGGGCCAAGGACUUCAAACUCAGAUGCAAGCUCAAGCACGCCGUGGAGAGCACAACCGAGGCCAAGCAGGCCGCCAACUACCCCACUGAGUGCCCCGCAGCAGCACUCGAAAACACGCCCAGACGUCGCCGCAGCUUGUGGCGCAGGUUGCUGGGCAAAGGCCCCAAGUGCGUGUGCCCCAAGCGCAGCGCCAGCGUCGUGAACAAGCCAGGACUCGUCGAGAUCCCCGCCGCGUACACAGACUGCGACACCGUGACCGUGGCCGGCAGGCGCGUCCCCUUCACGCUCGACAUGCAGCAGCGCAGGCGAGCGUCUUGGACGCCGCUGGACGCGAUCCACGAGGACGAGUAG